AUGUUUGAUUUACAUGCAAGGGAUCAAAAUGGGAUGAUUGAUGGAAAUGGUAAAGCCGUCUUAUUAAAAUUUUCAAAUUUUGCAGCGCUUGCCAAGCACAUUAAUGAUUUCAUAGAGGCAAAUAAUGGAACCAACUUAUCAUAUGAGGCCUUGGUGUUAAUCAAAAUACAGCGCAAAAGUUGUACAACUAAAGAUGAAACAUGCAUCAACUUUGUUCCUUCUGCCAUCCUCACAAUGUACCGAUCAAAGUAUGGGAAUGUACAGGUGGACAGUGAUAACCUUCAAAAUUUAGAACAAGGAUUCUUAAUUGAUGACAACAUAGUUGACUUUGUAUUUUUUUACAAGGCUGAAGAAAUUAGUGUUGCUCCUUAUAUUUCAACAGACACACUGUACAUAUUCAGCUCAUGUUUUCACAAAAAACUUGCCAGUUUCAAUCCAAACAGGAUACGAAAUUGGACAAAGGGUGUAAAUAUUUUUUUNCAGGUGGACAGUGAUAACCUUCAAAAUUUAGAACAAGGAUUCUUAAUUGAUGACAACAUAGUUGACUUUGUAUUUUUUUACAAGGCUGAAGAAAUUAGUGUUGCUCCUUAUAUUUCAACAGACACACUGUACAUAUUCAGCUCAUGUUUUCACAAAAAACUUGCCAGUUUCAAUCCAAACAGGAUACGAAAUUGGACAAAGGGUGUAAAUAUUUUUUUGAAGGAGUAUGUUAUAAUUCCAGUAUGUACAGGUACACAUUGGAUGUUAGUAAUUGUCAAAAUCAACCGUGGUGAUGGCGCCUCCAUCAUGAUUCUAGACGCAGCAAAUAGGCCUUCUCUUAGGUCAAACAAAAUACAUCGUCCAUCAGUUGAGCGUUUAGUUAAAAACUAUCUGUGAGAUGAAUGGGCUGCCAAAGCCACGCCAAAAAAAAAAGUAUUUCCUUUGGGGAAGUGAUCUACCCUGAUGUCCCCCAGUAG